AUGCAAGUCGAGCAGGCCGUGAGGAGUUUUGAUGCUGAAUGUCAAGUGUUGCGCAUGGCUCGACAUCGCAACUUGAUACAAAUAUUGAAUGCAUGUUCCAGCUUGGAUUUCAAGGCACUGCUCCUUCAGUACAUGCCCAAUGGUAGCAUGGAGACACACUUGCACAACGAAAUAAGGGAACCACUAAGAUUCAUCCAGAGAUUGGACAUUAUGCUUGCCGUGUCAGAGGCAAUGGAGUACCUGCACCAUCAUCAUUUCCAAGUUGUCUUGCACUGCGAUCUGAAGCCUAGCAACGUGUUGUUCGAUGACGACAUGACGGCGCAUGUUGCCGACUUUGGCAUUGCAAAGUUACUUCUACAUGAUGACAACUCCAUGGUUUCAGCAAGUAUGCCGGGGACAAUUGGGUACAUGGCCCCUGAGCUAGCAUUCAUGGGAAAGGCAUCACGAAAGACUGACAUGUUCAGCUUCGGGAUCAUGUUGCUUGAAGUCUUCACAGGGAAGAGGCCCACGGACGCUAUGUUCGUCGGGGAAUCUAGCCUCAGGUGGUGGGUUUCGCAAGCAUUUCCAGCAAAGCUCGUUGAUGUUUUGGAUGAGAAGCUACAACAGGGUGAAGAAAUGAACCUUGCCUUCCAUCACCAAACAAUUAAUACUUCGUCGCCGUCAUCCUCCAUUGCCUGCAAUGGAAACUUUCUUGUGUCGAUAUUCGAACUGGGUCUAGAGUGUUCGGACGACUCUCCUAGUCGGAGAGCAAGCAUGAGCGACGUGGUCGUGAGGCUCAAAAACAUUAAGAAGGAUUACUUUGCUUUCAUGGUGGCAACUCAAAGCGCGCAACAAAGUUCAUGA